UUUUCGGAAUCCAGUCACAUUCAGAGUGUUCGCGCGGAUGCCGCUCUUGCGCACUACCAGCGACGUACACAUGCCGAUUAUUGAUUUUUCCGCCCGAGAGCUUUUCAUACGGUGGUGUCAGGUCUUGUGAAAAACCCGUGAAAACCCUAUAGUAAAUAGUGUGAAGUAUGGCGAAAAACUCCGUGUAGACUUGACAACACUGUACGAUAUUCCGAUUGCGAAAUUAGACGGCUCUUCACUCCACCCCGGUUCGCACGUAGUGAAGAUGGGGUAAAACCGCGACCACGCGUUCUUGUUCGUGAUCAAUAAAAAAAAUUGUAAAUGACUUCAAAAAACGCAUCGGAAAUGACGAAAAACGGUCACGAGCUGGCUCCGCUCAACACCAGAAAUGGAGGUGAAGGUGGAGGAAAACAAGGGGUGACCAUUGUGCUGCAAGGCCCUAGGGGCUCCAUCAUCAGCAGGGGUAGCAAUGCGGUCGACCAGGAUCCAAACCGAGCCGCGUGGUCCGGCAAAAUGCAGUUCUUCUUGUCAAUUAUCGGAUACUCCGUGGGUCUCGGGAAUAUCUGGAGGUUCCCCUACCUCUGUCAGCAAAAUGGAGGGGGUGCGUUCCUGAUUCCAUUCGCAGUGAUGCUGAUCCUGGAAGGCAUUCCGCUUUUUCUGAUCGAACUGGGAAUCGGUCAGAAGAUGCGCCUUGGCUCGUUGGGUGUGUGGAACACCAUCCACCCAUGGCUGGGAGGCAUCGGAAUUUCGUCCACCAUCGUCACUUUUUUCGUCGCGCUCUACUACAACGUUAUCAUCACGUGGUGCUUCUAUUACUUCUUCAACAGCUUUCAGAGUCCACUGCCUUAUGACAGCUGCCCAAUAAUAAACGGUACCGUGGAACCUGAAUGCCACAAAUCGUCAGCGACCGCUUACUUUUGGUACCGAGUCACUUUGGACGCAUCGUCCAGUAUUGAAGAACCAGGUUGGCCAAGGUGGUGGAUCGUACUUUGCCUGUUGCUCUCCUGGAUCAUCGUCUUCUUCAUUGUGAUGAAGGGCAUACAAAGCUCGGGAAAGGUUGUGUACUUCACUUCGAUGUUUCCAUACUUAGUAUUAACUAUAUUUUUUGUAAGAGGUAUUACCUUAGAAGGAGCUGGUGCGGGUCUAACACAUAUGUUGAAGCCAAAGGUGGACAAACUUCUGGAUCCAAAAGUAUGGUUGGACGCAGCAACGCAAGUCUUCUACUCCUUUGGUCUAGCUUUUGGAUCUCUGAUCGCUUUUGGAUCCUACAAUACUCCAAAGAACAAUUGCGUCCGCGAUGUCAUCUUAGUGUCAGUUUGCAAUGCUAUGACCGCUAUAUAUGCGAGUGUAGUAAUUUUCGCCAUAUUGGGCUUCAAGGCCGUUAGCAAUGUCAAGAGCUGUGAAAAAGAUAACGAAGAAUUACUUGCCCAAUCACAUGGGUUAGCAACAACGGUAGCAAUGGGAGAUCAUCUGAACAUCACUGGUUUGAGGGAUUGUUCUCUGGACAGAGAAUUAGAUGCAGCUGCCGAGGGAACAGGUCUAGCUUUCAUAGUCUUCACGCAAGCCAUCGUAGAGUUGCCAGGCGCACCAUUCUGGGCUAUCAUCUUUUUCAUGAUGCUUCUUUCACUGGGUAUCGGUUCUCAAAUCGGUAUCCUGGAAGGCAUGCUAUGUACGAUCUUUGACAUCGAGAUAUUCAAGAGGGUCAGCAAACAGUACAUCACAGCAACUGUGUGCAUAAUUUGCUUCUUCGUCGGCAUAAUAUUCACAACAGGCGCUGGCGAAUACUGGCUAAGCAUGUUCGACUCAUUCGCUGGAACCAUUGGACUGGUAGUGGUCGCCAUGAUGGAAAUGAUAUCGGUGGUCUACGUUUAUGGACACGAAAAGUUCACCAAAGACAUCCAAGAUAUGACAGGAUACAAGCCAGGCAUCUACUGGCAAGUCACGUGGCGGUUUCUAGCUCCCAUCAUCAUGGCGGUAAUUUUGGUGUCCUCGGUGGUGUCUAUGGUUAUCAAGCAUCCGACGUAUCAAGCGUGGAGUAGAGAAGAGGGUGAUACCGUAGCUACCCCUUAUCCCACUUGGGUGCUUGGCAUAGCAAUCUCGAUGAUCCUGGCAGGCAUCCUUCCGAUCCCCAUAGUAUUCCUGCUGCGUCGCUACCAGAUCCUGAAGAUGGACAUCAACAUUCACGAAGGCUCCAUUAGAAGGAUCGACACUACUGUGUCCACGAAGGAAAUGAUCACAGACGUUGAUGAACAAUUAACAAGUCCGGACGGUCCUUGUCUAACAGCUACAAACACGCUCAAAAACAAAUUCACUAUAGGAGAUUUCGAAGUGUAAAAUCUGGACGAAGAGGACGACCUAGGCCCCUGUGGCCCCUACCCCCCUCCACACCUAUCUGAUGAUUCAGACUCUGAUGAUUCGGACCCUGAAAGGGGGCCAAGGGUCCUCAACGGCCAUUUCGGCAGGCCCAUCCAUAUGUUGCAUGUUGACAGUCGAAACUGACACACAGGAGAUGUCUUCACCAUAAAUUCUUCACCGUUCAGUUUUAAGUCGCAUUCAUAACUCAAAUUGGUUGUUAUGAGAGGAGUUUUGGAGCAGCUUCGAUAAACCAUUCAUUGAAAUGGUUGGCUAAAGCAUUUACAUCAUUAUGUACAGGUAAGACAAACUGAUCAAAUGGUGUUUUGGGUGUGUUAGUUAAUUCUCGCAUUGCAUUCCAAAUUCCUUUAACACUAUUGCCAUGAUUAUUUGUUUUGUCUAAAUAGUAUUGCGAUUUUGAAUCUUUCAAGAGUUUCUCAUAUGUCUGAUUACAACUUUUAAAAAACCUUAAUAUUUUAUGUCAUUUUCUAAAAUUAUUUGAAGAGCACUCACCCUGUUCCUGAGUCAAUCCAAUACCAGGAUAAUCCAAGGAGGUUUCUUGCUUUUCGCAGCUCGCUUUUUAAUCUUCAGAGGAAAAUGGAAAUUUAAUCUGCUUUGUAUUAUCUGAGAAAAUAUAUCCCACUUUUUGUUUACGUCGACACUAUUAUAUAUUUCGUUCCAUGAUGCCGAGUUUAGAUCUUGCAGAAAACUAUUUAUAUGUGAGUCAGAAAAACACUCUAAUCAAUUUUGGACUUAUGACCGAUAUUGAUAUUGAGUGAAAAGAGGGCAUUGUUGCCGUUUGUGGUCAGAAAAAAGUGCAUCAAUAAUUUUAGACUGAAAGUUCACAUCUGUUUUAAUGAAAAUAUUGUCCAAACAUGAUUUGGAGUCAUUAUUAUUAUUGACGGAUACGGCUGCUUCCCAAAUUACUUGAAAUUAUCAGAUAUAGAUACUCAACUAGAAAGAAAAAUAUGAAAUGUUGCUUAAAGCUACAACUUUCAGAGAAAUGCUUAAAAGUGAUUUAUCUCAAAAUCGGCAAGCUGAAAUCUGUCGGCAACGUCCUUAAAUAUUUGCCACGACUUUUUUUUUAACCUUGCACAAAAAAAUUGCUAAAGCUUCAGUUACAGUCUCUAAGCAUUUUCUGUGAUACACGAUAUUAUCAAUAGACGCAUUUUUUGAGCUAAAACGUGACAACGACUGCCUAAAUGGAUUUGGAUGGCCUAAUAUUCCCGAACUUUGAUAUUAUGGAUAAACAUCUGAAGCGUAACUAGUAGGAUUCUAAUUUUGUUAAGAAUAUUAGAGAACGUUUUAUGUUGUAUUAUAUCCUAGAAUAUUAUCAUUUUCACUUCUCGGUAUAAAAAAUAGGACUAUACAUAUAACUAGCCAAAUUUGCAGAAGAUCUUUAUAAAGGAUGUUUUAAAAAUGGUGUCAGUAAUAAUUUUGAAACGGAAAAUACGUUGAACAGUAUUCCUAUAGGCAUGAACCUUCCUUACCAGAAUGCAGGGUAUUUUGACACCUCCAAAAAUAUUCACUACGCCACUGACUUUUUAGGAACACCAGUUGGCAUCCUUUAAACUAAGAAAUUCAAUUUUAUUUUGUAUUAAUUCUCUCCUUUGAUAAAUUUUUAUCAGAUCCGUUUAAGAAGAUGUAGAACCGUUCUUUUUAACAAGCACCCUAACGCUGGUGAGGUUUUACAGCGAAAAUCGUAUGUAGCAUGAUAGAGGUGUGCGCCGUUAGUGAUCUAGAAAAUGCUGUUCACCAUCAUAGUGGCACAUUUAACGUAUUUUAUCAUUUAUGUUUAUAGGAACUUUUCAUAUUAUUUACGGACGUUAUGGAUUGUUGGAUGUGUAGAGGUAGAGAGUUUGAUAAUAUAAAUAUUUUAUUCAACAUCUUUGAAUUUGGACGGUUCCUUAAGGCUUUGUUUGUUGGCGGAUACAAGAUAUAAAUAAACAUGGACCGUUGGAGUCUGGAUCAUAAUGAGGACAUCUCCUGUGUCCAGUGUAGUUAUUGUUAACUAGAGUUAGGCUAGAUGUUGUAAACAAUUCUGUGUAUGUUCAUACAUAUUUUGUAUAUAUUGUAUAUAUUAAGAUGUCCCGUCAAACGUAGUGAUAUGAAAAAGAAGAAUUUUACCAAACAUGAAACAUGUUAUUAGAAAAUUCGAUUACACAAUGCUUUUUUGAACAAAAGUAAAAGUAUUCUAGUCAGAAAUUGCUGUAUACCAUAUAUAUAUACAGAAGCAUCAAGAUAUGACUGGCAUCUAUUAUAAAAAAUGUUUUAAUGCUUCGUAGUUGAUGUAUCGGAUUAAAUCAGAACAUUCCUUUCAAAUGACCCACGUGACCCAGUGAUUUGCUCACUGUAAAUAAGAAAGCAAUAAAUCCAAAAGUAUUUCGAAAAUUCACAUCGUAUCGUAAUAAGCUUUUCGGACUUAUAUCGUUUAUAUCUUAUUUGCCAAAAUGUUGAUGCUUCUCGUACGUUUGCCCUAUGAGGGUGGAAAAUCGUUAAAAGCUUGUUGAUAUUAGGGUAUGCCUAGCAUAUAAAAGCCUUGAAGGUGGAAUUAAAUUAGCCAAUUACUACAUAACGAAAGAUACAAUAAUUACUUGGUAAUAUUCGUGAAUGUUCAUCUGUCAUCUUCUUAUUUCUCAGCACACUGCAACAAACACAGAAUGAGUGCUAUAAGAAGACCGUGAUACAAAAAAUUAUAUAUAUUGAUGAUUUUUUGUUACUUUAAAUUUACAAUAUAAUUUCUGGAAGGCAGAUGGAAUGCACAUCUAAAUGGAUAAGGAAGCUUUCCUAUCUGAUCAUAAGAAAAACAAAAACCAUAAAACCGGGAAUCCGCCAGUUAAGGACAUAGUAGCAUAAUUUCGAAUGAUCUGCUGAAGACCUAUAUUUGUGUGUCGUACGUUAUACAAGUAAUGCCUAACAGAUGGCAAACACGAUAUUCAACAGAUAUUUACAAUCUUAAUUGUAUUUUACGCGUAUUUUUGACCUACACACAAUUUCCUUAAUCCCGCCUAUCGCGUCCACUACUAAACACUUGUACAAGCAAUGUUUGAAAAACCUUACACGUAGGACGGUAUGAAGAAGACACAGACGUCGAGCACUCCAAACGCCCAUAACACGAUAUCCAAGAACCGCAUAUGAAGAGUUGCAACAUAAAUAUAUAAUGAACUUCUGGUAAGUUAACUGGCGCUGACAGAAUACCUCCAGUCAAACUGGAUUAAUUGUUCACUAUAUUCUGAAGAAAAUGAGUCACUUGCUUUUAAUUAUCUGCAUUCAAAUCAAUUAUUUGGAACAAUUAGCUCUCUUUAAGCUAUUGCGCUUAACCCAAGUUCAAAAUGUAUUCAGGUAAUUAUUAUUUAGAUUUGUAAAAUAAAGUGAACAUGAUAUAAAUAUCUCGGUAUGGUAAAGAGACCGCAAUAUGUCGCAAAAUAAACAGAAGUUAACUCAAAAGGCUUUUGAUGAAAAAUAUUCCCAACGACGUUGUUUAAAUGACCUGCUGCUAUGCCCUUAAAUUUAUUUAUACGAGAACUGCUAUCAAUUUGAAAAGAAGAUGUUGAAUAUUUAUUUUAUACACUAUUCUGUGUUUGUUGUUGAAAUGUUAUCUGGUUUUGAAGUUAUUAUCAUGUGUAAUACGUGUAUAGAAGUCAUCCCUGUAAUAAUAAUUGUGUGCCUCUAUAACUUUUAUAAGAAGCAUAACUACCAAUAAAGCGGAAAACUACUUAAGAAUCCAAGAAAAAGUAUUGCCAAAUUCGUUGUGAUAAUGUUUGAUUCAGUUGGUUUACUUCGAGUGUAUCGUAUAGCAUUGAUCAUCUGUUGUAAAUCCAACCUGCUUUGGGGCUUCUGAAUAAGUUCUUGAAUAUCUAAGUACAAGUUUAAGGUACUUACGAGUGGUAUCUCAGAAGAAUUAGUAUUAUUUUUAUUUACAGUUGUCCAGUGAGAUUUCAAAGCUGUACUGUGUACUUACAAUGUUGACGGAGAUGACAACGGUGACAACUUAUUCAGUAAUCGCGAAGUAGGAUUAGAAUUUACCAUUACGAUAUCUAUUGUACACAUCCGCAUUCACAGAAUAUUUAUAAAUCAAAUUUUUCGGUCUUAACAAUUAAUGCACCUAAAAAAUUCUUACUACAGUGCACACAAACAUCUAGAAUUUCUAUAUUUUUGAUGUAAUAUUUAUAGUAUCGUGUUUUUCAAUAUGCCUCUCUAUAUGGAAACCUUUACUACUAAUGUUAUAAAAUGUUUUGUAUAUCUCAAAUGAUUUACUCCAUUGUUAGUAAAAAGGUUGCUAUGAGUUUUUUUUUAAUCAGAUCUCAUACAUCAACGAUACUAUAUCAAACGGUGUAUCCAGAACCACUGAUACAAGAUCAUUAAUUCAAAUGUAGUCUACAAAAUUUUGAGUGUGUAAUGGUAGAACAAUAGCUGUGGUACAUUUCUGAUAAACAUUGGUUGUAAACAUCUUGCCACUGAUUUUCCUGCAGGUAAGAAGAUUCCUUUUAUUUGAAUUAUGUGAUCCUUUUAACAACCAGAUCAUGGUAAAGAAAGAUGACAUACCAAAGUUUCGGAAACGAAAGAAAUGAAGGUUUAUAAAUCAUACAUUUAACGAAUUAUUCAUUUCCAUCCUAUUCAGUACCUGUUUAGGUUUAAAAGAGAUCUAAGCUUACAAAACGUAAACCAAGCAGUACUAGGAUAUUCUUAUGCAUAAGUACAAUAAAUACUCUUCCAUCGACUGAAAAUAGUUUUUUCCACUAAAGUGUUGCUGUAAAAUUUGUUGUUUGAACAAUUUUUAUUCUACUGUCAUGAUCGAAAUCCAUACUUUCUGCAUAUGUGACUCAUAACAAACAGAAGCAUGUUUCUGCAUGUCAAUUGUUGCAAACUUAUAAAUCGAUCAAACUUGUCAGAAAAUGUUUAGGAUAUUUUCCGGCUACAAUAUUGCGGAAGGAAAGAAGAAGGGUGAUUGAACUUUUGGUUUGUACAGAGCAUAUCCACAAAACUGAGCUACUUGAUAAAGGAAGGAUACUUCAAAAAAUUGCGAGGUCCAUCAAGAACGUCAACAUAACCUCCUUACCCUAUACAAAUAAGAACCCUCCUCCAUGAUAUCAGUUCAAUUUGAUACCUUUAUUUUAUAUAGAAUAAUAUUACCUUUGGCUUACAUAUAAACAAUGAAAACCAACAAUAUGUUGCUUCUAUAUACAUUCAAAAUACGUACUUCUUAGGAAAGGGGUGAAAUACGAGGAGGAGGAUAGGGGUAGGUUAAAACUUUCUUACAAGGUAUUACUAGAGAGAUUGUGGAAAAAUGUUGCUGUUUUGCUGACCUUGAGCAGUUCAAAUAUUGAAUUAACAAGGUGUCAUGAACAUUUUGCACAAAGUAUGGUUUUCGGUUCAGAAAUCUAAGAUGUCGUUAAAGGUUAUUGCAACCAAUGUAAUAUUCGAAUUUCAAAAAUAAUUACUCUGGGUUUUAUUAUCAACAUAAGGUUUGCUCAGUUUAUUCCGUGAUAUGAGGGUACGCAUGCGCAUCUGUGUUUUUAUGAUUAGGGUCUUUUUGUUAUCAUGCUAAAGCAUAUAAAACUAGGUGGUGUCUUUCAAGAAAGCGAAGAUGAGCUUAUUUAUAAGUCUUACGAUAAAUAAACAUUUGUUAUUCUCUAAAAUGUAUAAAACAGGAAGUCUACUUAAAGCUACUAUAAGACUGUUCACUUUGAUUCUAAUAUUAGCAUCAUUAAGUUAUAAAUGUUUAAAACACAAAUACUUUGAAAUUAACGACUGUGCGAGGCAGGCUAGAUUAUAUGAUAUGAUAACUCUUCUAUCACUUAUAUGUCAAGAUAACACAAAUAUGGAAUCACAAUAAGCGAAUGGUUAUGCAAUCGGUCCUGAACAUAUACAGCGUUUUUCGAAAAGCUCCCUCUUCGCAAUUGAUUUUCGGCGCAAUGAAAUUGUCGCAUGAAUUCUAUAUUUUAACGUAAAAAAACACUUGAGUUUAAAGAUAGCGGAUAAGCAUUAUUUUGGAACAUGCUUGUGAAUGGAAUAGGGGGUCGCACGAUACCUCAUUUUCAAGCUACUUAUCAUUACUUUGUAAGCCUAAACUACGAGAGCGGUUCAAUAAGUACCCGUGUUAGAAAUGAAAACAUCAUUUUCUGAAAAAUUUCUUUUUAUUUUUCAACAUAUCCCCCUUUUAGAAAGAUACACUUUUCUCACCGUUCCUGAAAUUUUUAGCGCAUUCCGAGUUUCAGCCUGGUUACUCGAUCCAUUCAAAAAAUAAGUGGAGAGAAGGACUUUUUCAAAAGCACUGUAUGUGUACUUUCCUAAUACCACAGAAAAAUGUUUUGAUGUUACCUCAAAAGUAAGCUCCAUUUAUUGAAAGAUAUUCUAAUUGUACGUAAAAAAGCUCAUCUAUGCUUUUAAAUAGUUUUUUGAGCAUUACAAUAUUAGUUUGUUGUUCCUCUGGAAAUGAUAUGUGAUUGGAUUGUUCACGUAUAAGUAAAUAGAUUGUAAUACUAUCAAACGAAGUAAGACUGUUGUUCUGGUAAAGAAUUCUAAAUUCUUUAUGUAGAAUGUAGGGAGAGGGAUUAUUAUGUACUUAUUUAGAAAUAAAACGUUCAUGAUGCAAAGAAA